UGUCAGUCAAGUGACGUUAGUCUUUCUGCAGGUGCUGAACGCGGUUCUAUACUGGUGCAAUAAUAGCUGAACAGAAAGCGUUUAAAGAUGGCUUCAGCAACCGCUACCUAUGGUCAGAAGGAGUCCUCAGACCAGAACUUUGACUACAUGUUCAAGAUCCUCAUCAUUGGCAACAGCAGUGUCGGUAAGACCAGCUUCCUGUUCCGCUAUGCCGACGACUCCUUCACGCCGGCCUUCGUCAGCACAGUGGGAAUCGACUUUAAAGUGAAGACCAUCUACAGGAACGACAAGAGGAUCAAGCUGCAGAUAUGGGAUACUGCAGGGCAGGAGAGGUACAGGACUAUCACCACUGCUUACUACCGUGGAGCCAUGGGCUUCAUCCUCAUGUAUGACAUCACCAACGAGGAGUCCUUCAACGCUGUGCAGGACUGGUCGACCCAGAUCAAGACUUACUCCUGGGACAACGCCCAGGUCCUGCUGGUGGGGAACAAAUGUGACAUGGAGGACGAGAGGGUGGUAGCCGGAGAGAGAGGCAGGCAGCUCUCUGAACACCUGGGUUUCGAGUUCUUUGAGGCCAGUGCCAAGGACAACAUCAACGUAAAGCAGACGUUCGAGCGCCUGGUGGACACCAUCUGCGAAAAGAUGUCAGAGAGCCUGGAUGCUGGGGACCCCGCUGUGACAGGAGCCAAACAGGGACCCCAGCUGACCGAGCAGCCUGCUGCUCCCCAACAGGACUGUGCAUGCUAAACCUGACUGACCUCUGAACCCCGACCCUCAGGUCCCCACACGCACCCUCCACCCCCCAGCACCUCCCCAACUCCACCAACACGUCAUCCAGUAUGGGUGAGUAGGUGAUGGUCACUCUUGAGUUCUGUCCCAUAGUCAUCUUGUAUCCUCCAGUCCUUCUCUCUAUUCCUCAAUGUGGUCCUAAAAGAUGGAUAUGAGGGUCUCCAAUUUCCAGAUUCCGUUAUGAUAGAUGUUAACCUUGCUUUCUGUCAGCCUAACUGCAAUUUUACAGUAUCCGCCUUUGUUAGGGACUGGGAAUGCCCUAUCAAAGUAUGUGUAGUCAUACAUAGGACUGAUACUGUUAGAAUAUACAACAUUUUGAUCUAUCAUGUCUCAUUUGGUGUCUGUACUGGCAUUCCUUCAGUGUGAAAUGUCACCGAAAAUGUAUUUAAAUUAUUUCAGUCAAUAUAUUGGCUGACACCAUGCUUCAAUCUUGUAUCCAGUCUUUUAUUCUUUGUCCAUUCUGCCUUUGAUUUCUUUUCUCCAUGUUUUCUACACUGAUAUUCUACUUUAUUUACUUUACUAGUUUUUUAGUUUUUUUUUUACUUAUGUAAAAAAAAAAAUACUGAAAAGAAAUAUGAACAAUAUAUAGACAGAUUUAAAAAGAACAUGAGAGCCACUUAAUUAUUUUUUUGUUUUAAAUGUGUAUGUAAAUAAUGUGCAAUAUAUGACAUAUAACAGGUAUACAUUUCUUGAAAUGGAUUUAAAAGUAUAUAAAGAUAAAAAGAUACACAGUAUCAAAUAUAAAAGGUCAAUGUCGUAGAUUUUCUGUGGAUAAGGUUUUCAAUCAUUUAUGUCAUGCUCUAACACUGGACUGUUUCCUGUGGUCAAUGUGACCUCAUCGUGGGUCCAUUGAAGCAGCUGUUCCAAUAAAAAAUAUUUUGCGUGAAGGAGGCUGACCCGACAAGAGCCGAACUGCAGCACCUAAGCAUCGAGCAAAACACUCUUUACAUACAUUUUAAUUGUUCUGUUUUGAGAAAAUGAAUACAUGCAGUUCAUGUUCAAUAGAGAGGCAAUACUCCACUUGAAAUAGCUUAAGGUUGUCAAACAUAGUGCUUUAGAAGAAUCAUAUUAUUUUAACUUUCACAUACUGUAAAGUUAUAUAUAAUACCUAUUCCAAAUCAGAUACAACUAUUAAAAAGGCACAUAAAUUAUGCACCUUUAGUAACAUUUUUUUUGUUUGGUCGUUUUGUUCUAGCAGCAAAGACAAAGCUUAUCCAAGUAUGUGUUUGUGAUUCUGUUGUGAGAGUGUGUUUGAGACAAUUUGCAGUUUAGUGUGAUGAAAUUGAAACCCUUCUGGAAAGAUAAAAACCAUUUAGUUAACAGUUAGUUUACAACUCAUAAUACAGUUGACAGCUUUUUUAGGUGGGCCAGGAACAAAAGGAUUUCACUUAAGUUGGUAACUUAAUAUGGUAAUUACAGUACACACUAGUGUAACAAUGAUUAUCUAUAGAUAAUAUAAUUAGUUGAACACUGCAUACAUUAGAAACAUUUGUGACUUUUAUUUUAAUAUUUAAGUCUCCCAGUAGAACCCAGAGAUUGCUCCCACCGUGAACUGUUCUCCACCUUUCCUAUGCUGUCUUCCUUUCUACAAAGUAAACUGUAAAUAUGUCAUAUGUUUCAUGUGUGGAUUGUGUUGUAUUGACUCCAGGCUUGCAAAAAAAAAAGAAGGAAAAAAAAAAAAGAUCUGAACUCAAAGCCGCAUUUUAUCUGCAUUUGUUCUAAACUUGCUUGUGAAUGAUAUGAAUGGUGUCACUUUACUACGAAGCAAUACACAGUACAAGCAAAACACAUUUUAAGCUUAGAGGUGUCUGACAGUGAAACAGCUACUAACACACACAAUUUGUAUCUAAUCAAUUUGUAUGCUUGUUUUAAAUGUUAAAGGAACAGGACAUUGGGUGGAUUUUUUUUUUCUUGUAUGAGUUUUGCAGAAAACGAUGUUGGUGACGAUCGAUUGACUUUUUGAAGAUUUUUGUACCUCAGGUUAUGGAAUAAAUGGGUUGGAUUGGUUUGUAAUUGCUGCUAUUUCUAUGUAGUGUUUAACAACGUCCCCAAAGCUCUAAGAGUAGAGAGAAAGAGCCCAUACAGAAGUGGUUAUUUUAGCUUUCAUCACUAAUCUUAUAUGAAACAGAACUGUUAUAGAUGUCAAUUCGUGGACUCAAAUUACUGACAUUUUAUCUGAGGUCUUUUCUAAUCUCAAAUUUAUAAACUUGGAUUAGUUAGCAGGCUGCAUUUGUGGUGCAAAUAUUGAUGGAAUUUGGUACAGAUACAAAGUACAGUGUUCGUUUUGAGUGUGGGAUUUAUUGAGCUGGUGUAUUUAAAUAACUUAUUUAUUUUAACGUGCAUUGACCAGCAAAGGUUCUUUAAAGGUUGUGCUGUUAUGAAGAAAUUGAUUGAGGUCCAAAGUGUUGUUUUUUUUCAUUUAUUAUUUUUUAUUUACUUUGUAUCCACCAAAUACUGUUCUACAAAGUAAUGUUGACUUAGUUUAUUUUUAUUUUGGUUUUCUAUUGUGGGAUUAAAGCAGCUAUUAUGCAGUAAUUUAUGUAAGAACAAUAUGGGAAUAAAAUGGUGUCAAAUUGUCAAAUCGUGAACAUUACCAAAAUCUGCUGUACAUUGUUGUGGAAAUAAAUAAAAUGACAAAAAUAAAAGUUUGUGCUGUUACAAGAUAGCAGUUUGCCCCAUUACUGCUGCCUGCUGUCGGUCAAGUCGUAAUAAGAUACAGCAGGUACCAACACUUGAUGAUUAUUGACUUAAUGACCAUGGAACACCAACUCUAUUCAAAAGUAUAUUGCAACCAGGAUCAGUGAGAGAAAGAACAUCUUUAGAAAAUGAGAACCACUUCACCAAAUGACUACCUGUGAAUUCCACAAUUUGAAAUUAGGCCAGCAGGUGGCACAAUCCUCUAAACUGUUAUAAUAAAGAAAGACGUUCUCCAAACAUCCGGGAUGGAUCCAUUCUGCAUUGCACAGUACGAAUGUCUUCGCAUUGCAUAAUGCUGUUACCAAACAGAUUCACGUUGUCUCCAUACAUUCUGCCUGGGCUGGAAUCUCAUAUAAUUCAAGAAGAAUCGCCAUUGUGAUGUUUGAUAGAUUAAAUAUACUUUAUAGAUGAACUAGCCUAUCUGUUUUUCUCUUUUUUUUUGCUGGACCUCACAAAUGUCCGUAAAGCAACCUUAAUUAUUUCCACGCCCAUAAAUAUAGCCAGUCCAGGCAAAACUGUAAAUAGAGCAUAUAAAUCCCAAAUAUAUAUUUUACUUUAAACUGACCAAACCAUGAGACAGAAGUAGUGCUUUAUAUUACUGAGCAAAUAAGUUUAUUCGACAAUAACGACAGAUCAAGUCAAAAUGUCGAAUGGUGAAAAGACAUGUGGUGCAACAAAAUGUGA